AUGGAAGACCAGCAUCAAGAACAAUCCGCCUCUAGACAUUUACUAAAUUUCCGAGAGCAAGCUCUUGGCACGGGGGUCCGGGCUAUGGAUGAUGGACGACUUGAUAUUGAAUUUGAUGAACAUAGGCCCUGGUCUCAUCAACCUAUUGUUGAGAAACCCAGACCAGUAGCACCCGUCCCAGAAGGCGAGGAGACCUUUCCACUGCGUCUCAAUGUCGUUGUUCAGGUCGUUGGAUCGCGCGGUGAUAUACAGCCAUUCAUUGCGAUGGGGAAAGAGCUUAAAAAGCAUGGCCAUAGAGUACGGCUAGCCACACAUUUGGCGUUCCGUAAAGAUGUCAAUGAAGCGGGUCUCGAAUUUUUUAAUAUCGGAGGGAACCAUGAAGAGUUGAUGGCCUUUAUGGUCCAGAAUCCAGGACUAAUUCCAGGGAUCCACACGAUCCGUACCGGUAAAGUUCAGCAACGUCGCCGUGAGAUGAAAGACAUAUUCUCGGGCUGUUGGCGCUCUUGUUUUGAGACAGGUGAUGGAACAGACUUACACUAUACCUCCGAGACUCAGUCCACUGGUGCAAUAGAUUAUGUUAUGAAGCCAUUCGUUGCCGAUGUUAUCAUCGCCAACCCCCCGUGUUUUGCCCAUCUUAGCUGUGCUGAAAAAAUGGGCGUACCUCUCAAUAUAAUGUUUACUAUGCCGUGGUCUCCGACGCAGGCUUUCCCCCACCCUCUGGCUAAUAUCAGGUCGGGAAGUACAAGGCCGUCGGCUGCGAACUUUGCGUCCUAUGGUAUUGUAGAGGUUAUGAUGUGGGAGGGGCUUGGAGAUCUUAUUAAUCGCUUUCGACGAAGAGAGCUAGGACUAAACCCAUUAGAUGCUGUCAGAGCUCCCAGUAUAGUCCACCGUUUACGAGUUCCAUACACCUACCUCUGGUCUCCUGCCCUACUCCCUAAGCCCCACGACUGGUCAGAGAACAUUGACGUGUGUGGAUUUCAGACUUUAUCGAGUGGAUCAGAUUAUCAACCCCCUGCGGACCUGGAGGAUUUCAUAAAAGCGGGAGACCCACCAAUAUAUAUUGGGUUUGGCUCAAUUGUGGUGGACGACCCUGAAAGGCUAACAAAAAUAUUAUUUGAGGCUGUUUAUCAGACAGGCCAACGCGCACUUAUCUCUAAAGGCUGGGGUAAGAUUGGCUCAGGAGUAGACAAGGUCCCGGACAAUAUCUUUCUGAUAGGGAAUUGCCCUCAUGACUGGCUCUUUCGACAUGUAUCAUGCGUUGUGCACCAUGGAGGUGCUGGAACAACAGCUGCGGGCUUACUAUUGAGCCGCCCUACCGUGAUUGUCCCUUUCUUUGGCGACCAACCAUUCUGGGGACAUAUUGUUGCACAGGCAGGCGCAGGGCCAAUGCCAGUGCCGUAUAAGCGAUUGACCCCAGACAGACUAGCAACUGCUAUUAUGCAGGCUCUGGAGCCACAAACACGGGAACAUGCAGAGGAAGUCGGGCAAAAUAUGCGGCUGGAAACAGGUGUGCAGAAUGCAGUCCGCAGCUUUCAUGGGCAUCUAGACGCCGACAACUUACGCUGCUCCGUCUGUUCCGACCGGCCUGCCGUCUGGUGGAUCCGACAUUCGCAUAUUAAGUUGAGUGCAUUUGCUGCUUCAAUAUUACUCCACACAGGGCAUAUACAGUCGCGUGAUAUAAUAUUGUACCGCGCCCAGGAAUAUGACACUAACCGCGAGCCCCGAGGACCGCUCUCAGCUAUCGCAGAGGUUCUUUAUGGUGUAGCUACGGAUCUGAUAGUUACUACCGUGCGCAUGCCGUCAGCAAUAGCCUCCAUCUUUCCUGGUUCACAUCAAGGAUUAGUGCGGGACGAGUACAAGGGGAGAGAGUGGGCAAUGGAGCAUUUUGCGGAAUGCUUGUCAACCCACCAAAACACAGAGCUCUACCACGGGACUGGUGAUAAUGAGCAUCCUACCUGGUCUCAUGCACUAAACCAGGGGAAUGCCGUUGCACCCACCCACUCGACAAAGAGACAGGUUCAAGAAGAGGUCCCUUCGGAGAGCAGUGCAGGCAUCCACGCUGAAACUGACAUGGAGCAAGUAGAACAAGAGCGAAGGGACAAAGACCGCAGCAAGAGAAAACAGACUCUUCGCGAGACAAAAUAUCGAGCGACAAGAUUUGCGAAGCAUAUACUGGUGUAUACGAUCGUACUCCCAACCGAUUUGACACUUAGUAUAUCCAAAGGGCUUCACAACCUGCCUAAGUUAUAUCAUGACCGGACCGUCGAAAAUAUUCCAAAGGUUAUCGGGAUUAAAAGCGGGUUUAGGGCAGCUAAGAAGGAACUUGUACAAGGGUUUUACCAAGGAGCGACCGGCCUGAUCAAACAGCCUGUUCAGGGCUUUGAGGUGGAGGGUGGUAAAGGGCUUCUCAAAGGCAUUGGCAAGGGAAUAGGUGGAGUCCUCUUUAAACCAGUUGCAGGGAUUUGCGGACUGGUCGGGUUUCCGUUGGAUGGAUUUCACAAAAAGCUUCGUCGAUCGCUAGCUAAGAGUAAGUCGAAAGAAAUUAUUCGAUUACGUAUAACACAGGGUAUUGAAGAAAUGUGUGCGGCGUCGCCUGAAGAGCGACGCGAGGUGAUUCGAAUUUGGCAUCAGUUAUGUGAGAACCGGUCUUGA